CCUAAACUGUAACCAGCUGGCGGAAUCAUUUCUCUGUUCGUUUCUCACCACCCCUACCCUUGUAUCUCUGUGGCUAGUCCACGAUUCGGGCGGCCGGUCCCCAUGAACUAGGUCUCUCUUUAUCUUCUUCCAUGCUGGUCGUCACCUUUGCUUUUCUGCUAGGCGUAGCGGCCUUGGGAUCGCAGGUCGUCCUCGCAAAAUCAUUUAAAUUCAAGUUCGAUAAUGAAAGCAUUACCCAGUGCGCUCCCGUCUCCAUCUCUUUCCUGGGGAGCGACAUUCCGGCCGAUUCUAUCCCUGUUAAUCUCACUCUCUUUCCCCUCAAUGCACCACCUGUCGCUAUACCCAUACCCAAUGCGGCAAUAAACUCCUCCGGGGUCUAUAUCACCUUUUUCCCGCUGAAAGCUGGCACAACAUUUAUUGCUUCUCUCGACGAUCAGGACGGAGAUAACAGCGCCAAGGUAUCCGACUUGUUCAAGAUCCUAGAUUCAGACAACACGACCUGCCUUCCUCCCGAUCCUGAUGGGAAGAAAUUGUUCACCUUUGAUCCUCCUGCAGAACAAUGCGGUAAUUUUACCGUACACUACAAUACGACAGAGGCCCCGUCUGUCCGUCUAUUGAAGCCAAGAGGCCCAUCGUUUUUGCUGCCGCAGGUAGACGACGAUGCGGCCUCUGGAACGGCCAUUUACAACAUGAAUUUUUCACGUCAAAACGAUGUUGUACUGUUGUUUGACAGUGGACCCCAUCAACAGAGCACUUCGUCUUUGAUAACAGUUUCUGGCGACGCGACCACGUCAAAAACCUGCCUAUCUAAUAAUGAUGCAAAUGGCAACAAUGGGACCAACAAUCAAGACAACGGUGCGACUACCCAGUCGGCAGUUCCGAGGAAUGUCGCUAUCGGUGUUGGCGUAGGGUCAGGAUUGGUGGUUCUGAUAUCAAUUCUCAUCAUCAUCUUUAUCAUUCGUGAGAGGCGGCACCGCAAGCAGCGAUUGAAUCGCAUCCCCUUCGUUCCAGAUGUCCCCUACAAACGACGUUCAUUUGAUCACACAGAGAAAGAAGAUUACUCUCAUUUUCGACCCCCCGAACUCCAGUACUCAGACGGGGUUGUGGUGGACCCUCCUUACGCCCUUGCCAAUUAUUCUCCGUCUGUUUCCAGUUUUUCCCGUGGCAGUGGUCAGUCAUGGGACAUUGUCAGUCCCGGUCAGACAAGACGUGCGUCUGACAGAUUCGCUCCCAUGAGCAGGUCCACAAGUAUGAACCCUCUGGAUAUCGAGGGAAUGCUGAAUAUGGUUGCAACCCAAAAUAAUGCCCAACCUGCCAGCUCAGGAGCGCGAUCGGAGUCAUCAUUUGGCAACCUCGGAAAUCCUCGCUUCUUGCGCGUGCCGUCUUACUUGCAACCAGAAACAUCGGGAAAUCCUGCAUCUGCUGCUAUCCCACCCUUUGCAUCUGAGAGUACUCGAAGCUCUACCGUCUCCGCUCAUGUCUCGCAUGCUUCCUCCAACUCUGUGAUCCAACCCCUUCCGCAAGUCGUUGUUGGCCUCCCUUCAUCUCCUCGAAACAGAGCUCCAAUUCAACAACUACCCUCGAGCGACGACAGUAGAUCACCGGUUAUUCCAUUAACUUAUAAUCGGGAUACCGUUUCAAGCUGGGGAAAUAUUGCUGGGUUGGCUAAAUGACGGUUCUGCCAGGGCGUAUUUGGACCAGGUGUCCGAGUAGCAACUUUCAUUCUCAUGGGUCAUUAGCCAAUCAUUAAAGCCACCUUUUUUAUUUCAUUAACAACUAUCAUGUACUUUUUGUUCAUCCGAACUAG